UUUGAACUUAAUGCAUAUAAACAUCUGCUUCACAAACAGCCAAUUGACAAAAAAAAAAAAAAAAGACAUACAGAUGUAAUCAACACAGUUACAUUAUCAUUACGAAAUAAAAGUGAUUUAAAAAAUAAAAGACAGUAAUGCAGGGGACGAUAUUGACAAUUUGUCUAUGGCUAGCUCCAGCAAGUUCUCGGCACUGUUGGAAUUCCAGUUAAAUACGUGGGCAAAAAUAUUGACAUUUGUUAUAAACAGUCAAUGUAGUCGCUUAUUUGAUUUGAUUUUACUGCUGUAAUGGUCAAACGAAUGAAAAAUUCCGAGGAACCACGAACGCGCCAUGACUGUGACGUAAAAUAUAUGAGACAACACAACGGUGGUGUCACGUUGAAUCUCAGAGCAACUAUGCUGUUUUUAUAACAAAAUUUUAUUAGGUUUAUAGCCAUAAUGUCUUUCACUAACCUUUUUGCGGCUCUCCCUGUGAUUAGUGUGAAAUCUUCUGAUCAACCGGCCUUGAAAACAAUCAGGGACGACACUUUCAAGGUUCAAAGACAUUCUAAAGGCAGAAAAAGGGCGAGGAGCGAUGAGCUACCUCUGUCUUACAUAAAGAGGCGAUGUCACUGGACACAGGAAUGUAGGACUGAUAUUGCUCCCUUUUCCCAAGAUGAUUCCAAGACUGCUUAUCGCCAUGCGAAGAACACAUACCAUGAGAAGAGAGAAGCUGCCUUCAGCAAAGAUGUCUGUUAUAGUAAACAGAAUGGUAAAACAAACCACAAUGUCAACCAGCAACAACAAGAUAAACGCAAAAAUCACCAAAGAGGUCAACAGGAGGUACAAAAACAGCAUCAAGAUCGAGGGGGAUGCCAGGAGGCAAAAGGUCCAAGCGAAUCUGGAACGAGAACAGAACAAAGAAAUCAUAGGCGGUACAGAAACGAAAGGCCGAGGCAUUAUCAUUGGACACAGGAAAGUAGGACUGAUUUCGCUCCCAUUUCCCAAAACUAUUCCAAUGCUGCUUACCGCCUUGCAAAGAAAACUGACCAUAAGAAAGAAACUGGCUUCAGCAAUGAUGUGGCAUAUAACUAUGACAAUAAGGUCUGUCAUAGUGCCCAAGAUGGUAAAACAAACCAAAAUGUCAACCAGCAACAGGAGGGAAAACGAGAAAAUUACCAGAAAGGUCAACAUAAGGUACAAAAAUGGCAUCAAAAUCGAGGUGGACGCCAGCAUGCAAAACAUCCAAGGAAAUCUGGAACGAGGACAGAACAAAGAAAUCGUAUGCGGAACAGAGAUAAGAAGCCAGCCAUCACAUACUUCUCACCGGAAUUUAAAGAGCAGAAUACUGUGCUGCUCAAUGGGAAAUUAUUUUGCCGACAUUUCCUCUUUGGAAAGUGCAUCAAGGAAGAGGGCUGCAAACUGCUACACAUUCAAGCUUGCAAUGAUCUCAUCAAAGAACCGUGUAAAUAUUACAAACAGCAAGCUUGCUUGAAAGGGGAGCAAUGCCCAUAUAUGCACAAGUCUUUCCCCUGCAAAUAUUUCCAUAAAAAAGGACGCUGUUCUAACAGAGAUGACUGCAAGUUUUCUCAUGAGCCACUCAAUGACAUCACCAUGAAAUUGUUGAACGAGGACAUCGAACGGGAUAUGGAGCUUGCUAAGAAAGCUAAUGAGGCUUUAGUUCAGUCAACGGCAGUAGAUGAGUCUGUUAUCAAUCCCCUUGAUACAUCUCAAGAACAAAAAGCGGGUGAUAAAUUAGUAGAGCCCUUCAGGUUUAACUUCUAUAACAGUGCUGAAUCAAAUGCCGACUGUAAGGAAAUUUGUGUGACAGAAGGAGUGAUUGGCGCCAUUGAAGGAGAUGCCCAGCAACAACCAGAGUGCAAGUCUCCUUUAGUAACUCCCUGUAGUGAACCGCCUGCUUUAUAUUCAGUUGAAGCGGUGCUGGGACCUCCAUUGCCCACUUUCUUCAAAACGCCUUCUGACCUUCCAACUUCCUCUGGUUGCAGCAGCUCACCAACCCCUUCCAAAGUCUCAUACUCAGUUGACGUAGUCCUCAAGUCACCAAAAUCAACACAGAGCUUUACUUUAAGUCACACUUCUACCAAUACUACUGCAAUGCAGCAGGUUGCACCCAGUGCUCUACCAGACGAAUCAGGUCCACCAAGCCAAAAUAACAAAUCCUCUGAUAUGCCACCUAUUAAAAAUGAAACUAACACAGAACUGUGCAAGACUCGGAAAAAUACAGCAGUGGUCAAGGUGCAAACCUCUUCCAAGAUCUCUAAAGGAGAGAAGUCUGCUGAGUACAUAAUACCAGAAGCCGAAAGACAUACAGAUUGUCUUAAAAAAGAAGAAUACCAGCAACUAACAACGGAAAUUCCAUCUUCUAGCAACUGCACUCAACUAGCAAAGUCCUGCAAAGUGGAGUUUCGACGCCUUUUUUCAAGUCCCCCGGAUCUGGUAUCUACUCCAAAAGACUCACAACGUUUCAUGCUCCAUCAUUCGUAUCAGACAAAUGACAUCAAUCCUCCUAGUUCCUCGACUCAGAGCUCCACACCUUUAAAAGAGACUGCUGGUGCUCCUACUGCACCUGCCAGCCCCUCCUCUAAAGCUAAUGCUUAUGGGAAGCUCAGCAAUCACCUCCCCCUACAGUGUCUGUAUUCCCAAAACACAAAAUCUGCUCUACCUGCCCGAGCAGCACGAGCAAAUAGUACGAUAAAGCGUAAAACAGAUCGCCUUAGCCUUGGAUCAAAUAAAAGCUUGGAAACACCAUUUAAAAGCCUUUUUGCAAGCAGCAUCGCAGACUCUCAAAAUUCAACACCAGAAAACUCAACAAUCACAUCCAGCGCCCACAAUUCAACUCAAUCCAUCUCUGCUUCAUCUAAAUCUACAAAUGUCAAAUGCCAAGAUAGUUCUGAGAAAAGGGUUGAAGCAACCCAGGCUCGUGCAAGUUCUUUGCGUAGCCUUUUUGCCACCCCUCUCAGUGAACUUGAGGCUCUUCACAACCGAUGUGUGUCUCAAGCAAACCAUUCCAACAAGCUAGGGCUUUCAUUACACCCUGUUGAAAGUGAAUCUCCUGUUCCAUCUUUUAAUCACAUCACAAAAGUAUCCCAGGCAGCGUCCUCCACAGAAAAUGACAGAUCAGUUGAUCCAAAGCAGAAUAAAGAAAUGGCUGACAGGAAGACACCCUCCAGUCCGGUUAGAUCAGCAGUGAAUAACCAGUUAUCUGUCAGACAAUCAUACAUAGGUUCUUCACCAAAGGCCACUUCAACUUCAGUGCUGAAAACACUCUUUUUGAGCUUAAGCCCAUAUCAGCAAGACACACAGUAACUAAAAG